CCUGGGAACUUCCAUAUGCUGCAAGUGCGGCCCUAAAGAGCACACACACACAAAAAAACCCCAAAACCAAAAAAACCCAUUUUUCCAGCCUUUAAUAAUAAAUUCAUAUAUAGUCUAAUUGUUUGCUUACAAAGCUUGAAAAAUCAACAACAUAAAACCACUUCACAAUCAACGAAAGGAACAAAAAAAUGUUUUUCCUAGGGAUUACAGUUAUAAAAAUCAUUAUUUUUUUGAGUCACAUGCUGAAAGAGUAAGUUGUGCCAUAGGGAUCUAUAAAUCAUUUUGGAUUCUAUGGAGACAUUAAUUGUUUGUGUUUUUUGUUUGAACAAAAUAUUGGAAACACAUUUGUCAGAGAUUUGACCUUGAGAAAAUACCAGACUGCUUUUCUAAUGAACAGAGACAGGCAUUUUUAUUCAUAGGAUUAUAAAGGGGGAAAUUAAGGUAUAAUUUUACUUGAUACAUUUCUGAUAAGUGUGUGAUUGGCACUUAUACCAUCUUCCUUUAAUCAUGACUUAAUUAAUACAUGUAACUUUCUCCAGGGAAAAUGGUGAAUAAUAAUUCAUUGAUGCAUUAGACAUUCACUUACUCUCUUGAAAGCAACAUCUGUGAACUUAGAUUUUUAUGAUUUCCUUUCAGUUUGUAGCCUGGAAUUCAUUUCUAACAUAGUAAAAUUUUACCAUAUGUAAAUACAAAUAACACAAUGGACUGUAUAGAAGUUUUUACAUAUGUCACCAUUGACAUGUGUUUAUCUUAUUAAAAGAUUGACUUACAUCUAUAACUGAAAUUUUUAGUGUCAUUUUCCCAAAUUCCUAAUAAAUGCCUUCUAGAAUUUUUCUCAUUGCUUAUUUUUUCUUUUGAAAAAGGUGGAAGAUGUUUAUUUUACUAUUUAUUUUAUUUAUAUUAGUUUAACAUCAGUUGUGCUCUUGGACAUGCUAUAUCAAUGGCCAUUACAUUUUGAUAAUGUAAUUUUUGUUUAUAAACUAAACAAAUGUUUUCUAAUCACAGAUUUUAGCAUCAAAGCCAGGUUAUCUAAUUUAACAAAACUGUGAUUUCACUUGCUUACUAUUCCCAUUCCUUAAUUGUUCUUUGCUCCUGCCUCUCUGUGUAUUAUGGUCUGUUUCAUUUCCUUAGUCCCUAAAGCCUCUUUCAGCUCUUUUAUGGCCAUCUCUUAUAUCCUGUUAGAGCUUCUAUUUCUACCCAGAACCGUGCUGGAUCAGAAUGUUUGAACAUUUGUAAGGCAAUAGUUAUAUGCUGGAUUAUAAUUGUAUCCUGGCCCACAGCCUUGAAUCUCCCACUCUUAAAGUCAGAAAAUAUGCUGUUUUAGUCCACAUUAACUGUGCAGGCAUUUUCUUUGCAUGUUCAAAAGACUGGCUUGCAUAAGACCUUUGAAGAUUUAUUUAUGGUUUUAUUCUAGACAUUGGAGCAAUUUUUUCAUUAUUCUUGUAUAUGUCAAUUUAAUUACCUAGGUAUUAUAUAUCAGUGGUACUCAAAUGGUAGGUGAAUAAGUCACCUGGAAUGUUUGUAAAGAUAUUUAUUUUUUGAUUGAACAUUCUGAUUCCAGUAGGUGGUGGUUGUUACCUGGGAAACAAACUACUCAGCAGAACCCUAAGUGAUUCUUCUGGUGCAUGUGGUUUAAGGAUUAUACUCUUUAAAAUGUAUUAAUAUUUCCUCUAUGAACUAUGUAUGAUAAGAAAUUAAAGAAAUUAGGAUACUUUGGUCAAGUCUGACCACCCAUUACCAUCCUCUCUACCUAGUUACAACAAUUAGGAAAACUCUAGCUCUAGUCUUGAAUUCAUUGUUCUUAUGUCUCAUGUGGUCUUGUCUGAUUUGAAAAGAUUGUGUAAUCAUUCACUCCUAAGAGGUGUAAAAGAUAGACCCCGAUUUCACGUGGCUCAGAAGAAAUUUAUUUGCCAGUAUAUCCUGAGUUCUUCCAGUUUAUUAAAACUGUAAAAAAUGUUAGAGAUUGGAGAGACAUUGUAGCUAAUUUAUACUAAUCCACUGUUUCUAAAUAAAACUAAAAUUUAGUCUUCUUAAAGGAUUUGUUCACGAAAUAUAUAUUAGUUAUUGGUAUUUUCACUAGCAGAAGACAGGUCUCUUCAAUCUCAGUAAGAACUCUUCCAACUCAAGUAAUAUUUUCAAAUUUUAUUACUCCUGAGACUCAGCUAAAGUGCCUAUCAAAAUGAAUAUUCCUGGUUAUAGGUGAUGACAUAUCACUCUUAGAGUGUGUUAGGUGAUGUGAAGCACAGGGCAAAAAGUUCCCAGUAGUGGAGAGUGUUAGUAACACUUUAAGGAGAAGCACCCCAGAGUUCCCUGGUGGCUCAGUGGGUUAAGGAUCUGACAUUGUUUCUGAUGUAGCAUGGUUGCUGCUGUGAUGCAUGUUUGAUCCCUGGCCUGGGAACUUGCACAUGCCACACAUCAUGCAAAAAUAAAUAAAUAAAAGGAAAAGCAUCCCAAAGAAUGUGAUCCUUGUGGUUUAUAGUAGAAUGUGGAGAAUGGUACUGAGGGCUCUCCUGCAAUGAGAGUAGGUUGAGUUGGGGGGAACUGUUUCUAAAACCCAAGAAAACUGUGAUGAAGGAAACCGUGACAUGUUGGAUUAUUACAGGACAUAAUGUGUAGGCUUAGCACCCAUUGUGAACGUUCAGGAAAUACUCAUCAUUAUUUGUAUUGUUUAUUCUAGUGGAGGGCUAUGGUUAGAAGAAAUGGGGAUGGGAAGAAAAUCCUGUGAAAAACAUUGAUCAGGGAAGGCCUAAGGCCACUGAAGCUUUAGAUCAAAUUGUCAGCUACUACUUAGGGUAGAUGAUGUUGUCUAUAGCUCACUUUUGUGAAUUCACUAAUAAGGGAUUUGUGGAGAUACCAGCUUUUUCAAGGGCUUGGGCCUUGAACAUCUGGGAAAAAGAAAUUUCAGGGAGGUAUCAUUUGGAGUGUCAGAUAUUUCAGAAAAGUCAAAGUGAAUAAGAGCGUAGAGUCUCCACUGAUCUGGGUGUUAGCUAUUCAUGACAUUAUUCCUAACUACCUACAUCAGAAUAAUUUAGGAGUGCUGAUAAGUAUUUAGAUCCUUGCCUUCCAAUCUGGAACUAUUAAAUUAGGAUCUCUGGGGUAUGUGGCUUAAGGAUCUCAAUUAAAAAAAUAUGCAGGAGAUUACUUUUCACAGUGAAGUUUGAAAACCAAUGAACUAGAUAUUAGAUAUAUUUUAGUGUGUGGUAGAAGCAUAACCAACUGCAAAGCUUUAACUGGUACAGAGAGGAAAGGAAGUGGAGAUGAACAGGUGUAAAUAAAUGUUAUGAGAGCAAGAUAGGAAAUAGGAUAAUUAGGUCGAGGAAGGAUUUUUGUUUUUAUAUUUUAUUUGAAUUAACAGGAAAUACCUGGAGAAUUUAAGUAUGUUAUAGUCUGAUUUGAAGGUUGGGAAAUACUUUGGAUUGUAUGCUUAGUUACCAAAUAACUUUUGUUUGAGUUCUGAGGCUUUAAGUUUGUACUAAUUUAUUAAUACUAUCAUCUAAUUUACCCAACAGUUAAACAGUUAGGAAUCUCUAAUAUUUGAAUGAUAUGCCUCAAAACAGACUGAGAAAAAGGAAUUCUGGAUUGCUUAUUUAGGAGUAAAACUUACCUCAUUAGAGUCUAGUAUAUCAUUGACACAGUAUUAACAGAGUUCUUUCUAUGAACCAUGCAUUUUUACAAACAAUAUUUUUAUUAAAGAUGAGUGAUAUCUCCAAGUAAGAGAUGAAGAACAGUCAUCUCAAAGUGGUUAAGUGGAUUGUUGAAUUUCACCAAACUGGGAUAUGAUCAGGGCAGAACUACAUUUUAAACUAUGCCAUGCCAUUCACUUUUAUGGUUUUUAUGCAAGAUAUUAUUAAAAUUUUCUUUUUGGCUGCACCCAUGGCACGUAAAAUUUCCUAGGCCAGGAAGCAAACCUGUGCCACCACAGAGACAACACUGGAUCCUUAACCUGUUGUGCCAUGUGGGAACUCCAAUAUUAAACUUUUUAACUGUCUUCUUUACUAAAUACCAAAUCAUGACUAUUAUAACAACCACAGACAUCUUGGGAAAAGUGAUUUUAACAGUGAGAUGUUUUAGCCUUUCAAGUUAUACUUACCAGCAUGAGUAGCAUGGGAUAAUGGAGUUAGAGGAAUUAGACCAUACACAACUGUGGGAGGAAUAGGAGUAAAAUUCUGGAGGGGAAGUUGGAGGAGUCACUAACCAGAAAAUCUCAGAAACCAGCCACAUCUAGCUAAGUGUGACCAUACUGCUGAGUUUAUGGGGAGGUCUCUGUUUAGCUCCCAUAUGGGUGGGUUCACAGUAAGCAUCUCCUGUGGAUCUGGAACUGCACUUGGUCAUAAGGACCAUAAGUUAGGAAAAAGAGCUGUGCAUGGAGCAGACAAGCACAAACUACUUGGAACCUACAGGGCAUCUCUGCACCUGUUUGUCUCUAUAUCUGUCUGCAAAAAGACCGUCAGGGAGCUGUGGCAAUUGCUUCUCUGAAUCUUAUGGAUUUAGAAUCUGCUCUCUAAAUCUCAUGGAAAUUCCACUUCUAGCUUUCUCUAACCUGGACAACAUGAGGAAAGGAAUCCUGAAAACAUAGGUCCCAGCUUAACCAAGUAGCUGCAGCAGCACAAUCAACUCAUAACUUAUAUUGCCAACUCUCUGCUUUAUUUUGAUUUAGGAGUUAAGAGUGGUUCCAACAUAUGGUAUGAAGUUGUACCUUGAUAAAAAACAAGAAAUGCAAUGUAAAUUGGAAUGGCAGUUUACUACUACUUCUACUCUAGUUAUAAAUAGCAUUUAUUGACCACAUCUGAUCUGUGACAACAGUUGACAUUGUUUCCACACAGUUUAUUCUAAUUUCAUCUUCUUAGAAACAUGAGAGGUGAGUGCCAUUAUCAUUCUCUUCCAACAGAAGAGAGAUCUGAGGUUAAUGGAUGUUUAGUAACUUGCCAAAGUUAUAAGACCCAUCUAUUUUUUUUUAAAAAAAUUACUGACUAGUUUGUUAGGAUAAGCUGUAUAUAGUCACACCACUUUGCUGUUGAAACUGAAACCAGGAUUUCAUCAUUGUGAAAGGAAUGUAAUGGUGGGAAGAACAUUCAGAGCCGUGGUAGGUGGAUACACUUCUUCCUCGAGGAGAGGACUUGCUUGUAUCCCAAGAAAAGAGGACUCGGAGAUGUGGUGCAGAGCCUUAGUGGACUGCAGGCCCUCACAGUGUCCCUGAAACCAUUCUGCCAGGUGUUGGGAAGAUAUGUAGUAGCUGAGCACCCUUACUUCUGUCACCAUCCUCAGAAUCAACUUUGGAGAUGCUUUCACCCUGUCCGCCUUCUGCAGCAGCCCGGCAGAGUGCUGACUCCUUCUUGGUGGUGAGGAACUCUUCAGGCUCCAGAAGCUCUUAAAUCUGAUCUACAAUGGAAAAAUUUCUUUUUUAUCUGUUUUUCAUUGGCAUAGCAGUGAAAGCUCAGAUCUGUCCAAAACGUUGUGUCUGUCAGAUUUUGUCUCCUAAUCUUGCAACCCUUUGUGCCAAGAAAGGGCUUUUAUUUGUUCCACCAAACAUUGACAGAAGAACUGUGGAACUGCGUUUGGCAGACAAUUUUGUUACAAAUAUUAAAAGGAAAGAUUUUGCCAAUAUGACCAGCUUGGUGGACCUGACACUUUCCAGGAAUACAAUAAGUUUUAUUACACCUCAUGCUUUUGCUGACCUACGGAAUUUGAGGGCAUUGCAUUUGAAUAGCAACAGAUUGACUAAAAUUACAAAUGAUAUGUUCAGUGGGCUUUCCAAUCUCCAUCAUUUGAUAUUGAACAACAAUCAGCUGACUUUAAUUUCUUCUACAGCAUUUGAUGAUGUCUUUGCCCUUGAGGAGCUGGAUCUGUCCUAUAAUAAUUUAGAAACAAUCCCUUGGGAUGCUGUUGAAAAAAUGGUUAGCUUGCACACCCUUAGCUUGGAUCACAAUAUGAUUGAUAACAUUCCUAAGGGGACUUUCUCCCACUUGCACAAGAUGACUCGGCUAGAUGUAACGUCAAAUAAACUGCAGAAGCUACCGCCUGACCCUCUCUUUCAGCGAGCUCAGGUACUGGCAACCUCAGGAAUCAUAAGUCCAUCUACUUUUGCAUUAAGUUUUGGUGGAAACCCCUUGCAUUGCAAUUGUGAAUUGUUGUGGUUGAGGCGUCUAUCCAGAGAAGAUGAUCUGGAGACCUGUGCUUCUCCAGCCCUUUUAACUGGCCGCUAUUUUUGGUCAAUUCCAGAGGAAGAGUUUUUGUGUGAGCCUCCUCUUAUUACUCGUCAUACACAUGAGAUGAGAGUCCUGGAGGGUCAAAGGGCAACCCUGAGGUGCAAAGCCAGGGGAGACCCCGAACCUGCAAUACACUGGAUUUCUCCUGAAGGGAAGCUUAUUUCAAAUGCAACAAGAUCUCUGGUGUAUGAUAAUGGAACACUUGACAUUCUUAUAACAACUGUUAAGGAUACAGGUGCUUUUACCUGCAUUGCUUCCAAUCCUGCUGGGGAAGCAACACAAACGGUGGAUCUUCAUAUAAUUAAGCUCCCUCAUUUACUAAAUAGUACAAACCAUAUCCAUGAGCCUGAUCCUGGUUCUUCAGAUAUUUCAACGUCUACCAAGUCAGGUUCUAAUGCAAGCAGUAGUAAUGGUGAUCCUAAAAUGAGUCAAGAUAAAAUUGUGGUGGCAGAAGCCACAUCAUCUACGGCACUCCUUAAAUUUAAUUUUCAAAGAAAUAUCCCUGGAAUACGUAUGUUUCAAAUCCAGUACAAUGGUACUUAUGAUGACACCCUUGUUUACAGAAUGAUACCUCCUACGAGCAAAACUUUUCUUGUCAAUAACCUGGCUGCUGGAACUAUGUAUGACUUGUGUGUCUUGGCAAUAUAUGAUGAUGGCAUCACUUCCCUCACUGCCACAAGAGUCGUGGGUUGCAUCCAGUUUACUACAGAACAGGAUUAUGUGCGAUGCCACUUCAUGCAGUCCCAGUUUUUGGGAGGCACCAUGAUUAUUAUUAUUGGUGGAAUCAUUGUAGCAUCUGUGCUGGUUUUCAUCAUCAUUCUAAUGAUCCGCUAUAAGGUUUGUAACAAUAAUGGACAACACAAGGUCACCAAGGUCAGCAAUGUCUACUCUCAAACUAAUGGGGCUCAAAUACAAGGCUGCAGUGUGACACUGCCCCAGUCCGUGUCCAAACAAGCUGUGGGGCACGAAGAGAAUACCCAGUGUUGUAAAGUUGCCAAUGACAAUGUGAUACAAUCUUCAGAAACUUGUUCCAGUCAGGACUCCUCUACCACUACCUCUGCUUUGCCUCCUACCUGGACUUCAAGCACUUCUGUGUCCCAAAAGCAGAAAAGAAAGACUGGCACGAAGCCAAGUACCGAACCACAAAGUGAAGCUGUCACAAAUGUUGAGUCCCAAAACACUAACAGGAACAACUCAACUGCCUUGCAGUUAGCUAGUCGACCUCCUGAUUCUGGCACAGAGGGCCCCACAUCUAAAAGAGCACAUUCAAAGCCAAGUAAGUUUUUCACUUUGCCUGCUGAGAGAUCCAGAGCAAGGCACAGGUACUCCCUGAAUGGAGAAUUAAAGGAAUACUAUUGUUAUAUUAACUCACCGAACACAUGUGGACUCUUUUCUAAAAGAAGCAUGUCUAUGAAUGCGAUGUUAAUUCAGUCCAGCAGUUCUGAUGGGCGUAGUGGAAAAGCAACUCUUUCAAAUUCUAAGUGGAUAUUGGAAAGCACUGUGUAACCUAUUAUUUCUUUUUAAUGAAAAAUUAUUUUGAGAACUCAUAUAGGAGAUUGGAAUUUGAAGUCCUAGUCUUGUCUCUCUGAUACGUGGCUAAUAGAGCAGUGGUGUAUAAACCCUCUAGGGUACAGUUCGUAUAUACACAAAGGUAAUAUAUAUAUAAUGGCUUAGGGAAAAACGCAUGACAGCAGUGCCUUCCCCUAUUCUAGGACUGGCUUCCAGGUUUUGCAAUAGCAGGCCACAAAAUGAAAGUUGUAGAGUCAUACAUAAAUAAUGAUAUUUCCUCCAGUCUUACAUAGUACCACCUAUGAAUGAUUGGUAUUUUUCAAUGAGUAGAUUGUAUAUUUUCUUUCAAUGAUGGUGGCGUUUGUUUUUAGGCAAGUAUUUUAGAGAACAACUCUGUGUUAUGUUAUUUAAAAUAAAAUAUUCAUUUAAGUAUACUUGGACAGUGUUAAAAUAAGUACCAUUUUAAACAACAUUCUUGGUUCAGGUGCCUUAAUGGUUCUAUGGUAUUUCUCAUCCACCACACGACUUUUCCCAUGGGAAGCAGAAGAAAAGGCAAUUGGUUUGCCAUUUAUCAAAAAAAAAAAAAAAAAAAAAGCCAAUACAGCUUUAAGU